UUUUUUUUAUACGGAGGGAGGAAACGGUUUUUAUCUUGUUAUCGAUCCUCCACCACCACCACCGAAACAUCACCGGAGCUCAGAAGGUGUCUUUCACAUCUUCAAAUGGCGAUAACUGCAGCACCUGCUGCUUCUUCCCUAUUCAACUGCUCAAUUUCCCCUUCACCGUCAUCAUUAUGCUGUCGUUCCCUUCUUUCUUCUCUCCCACAGCACCACCUCUACCUAUCCUUUGCUGGAGGAUUUGGUUUUUCCACUACUCGACCCCACCAAAAACCCUUUGUUUCAAAACCUUUCAUAUGCUCUUCUUCCCCUGGAAAAUCUCAGCCGAUGGUUCCUCCUUUCAAUGUUUUAAUCACCGGUUCCACUAAAGGAAUAGGUUACGCCUUAGCUAAAGAGUUUCUGAAAGCAGGUGACAAUGUCUUAAUAUGCUCAAGGUCUGCUGAACGGGUUGAGUCUGCUCUCCAGACUUUAAGGGCGGAACUCGGGGUUCAGCAUGUGUGGGGUACGAAAUGUGAUGUUCGGGAUGGGAAUGAUGUGAAAAAUCUAGUUCAAUAUGCACAAGACAACCUCCAAUACGUGGAUAUAUGGAUAAAUAAUGCAGGAUCAAAUGCAUAUAGCUAUAAACCUCUGGCUGAGGCUUCAGAUGAGGAUCUCAUAGAAGUUGUCACUACGAACACACUUGGUUUGAUGAUUUGUUGCCGAGAGGCAAUGAAAAUGAUGCUCAACCAGCCUAGAGGGGGGCAUAUAUUCAAUAUCGAUGGAGCAGGUUCCGAUGGAAGACCAACCCCCAGGUUUGCUGCAUAUGGGGCAACUAAGCGCAGUGUGGUGCAUUUGACAAAGUCAUUACAGGCGGAGCUGCAGAUGCAAGAAGUAAGCAAUGUUGUUGUCCAUAACUUGUCGCCAGGAAUGGUUACAACUGACCUUCUCAUGUCGGGUGCCAACACAAAGCAGGCCAAGUUUUUCAUUAAUGUCUUAGCAGAACCAGCAGACGAGUAUGUACAGGUUGCAGAGUACCUUGUCCCGAAUAUCAGGUCCAUACCAAUCAGUGGAUCAACCAGACCAACUUAUAUUCGUUUUCUUACGGGACUAAAAGCUUACUCCCAAAUAUUUUCUAGACUAGCAUUUGGAGCCAGAAGGAAUAGAUACUUGGUUGAAGAGUGAUGUAUGCACUUUUUUCCAAAAUACCCCUGUCCAAGCACAAAAAUGUAUUGUUUGCUAAAUUUGUUGUAGAAUGUUGUCUGCACUUUGCAAGUCAAAUUGCCCAUUUUUCUUUUUCUAAGAAAUGAUAUUUUCAUCUGUGAUUGGCCGGUUUUAUACAAAUUAGUCGUGUUUUAAAAA